UCUAAUUCUGCUUUUAGCCAUAUACAUACCGAUACGUUUUCUUUCUCCUUCAGAAAAACUAUGCUAUACGUUACCAACAUCUAAGGUUUGUGGAACCUGUAUUCACUGAAGUGGAGAGCUACGUUGCAGAAAAUCAGAAGGAGGAAAACUGCCUCAUGGUUAAGAGAGUCUGUAUUGCAGCUUGGUCCAACUUUCAUUAAACUUGGUCAGUUGUCAUCAACAAGGUCGGAUCUGUUUCCACGUGAAUUUGUGGAUGAGCUCGUAAAAUUGCAGGACAUGGUUCCUCCUAAGAAAGCAAGAAAAUUUAUUGAGAGUGAAUUAGGAGCUUCCAUUGACAUGUUAUUUAAAGAGUUUGAAGAUCGACCAAUUGCUGCUGCUAGUCUCGGUCAGGUGUUUGAUUUAUAUUUUCGUUAAAUUGAAAAUUUGACUUACACUUUUAAAUUACUGCUGUUAUUAAUAUGGUAACAUGAAUUCCGGGGACACAUAUUUGUAUGUUCAUCGUGCUAUUAUGCAUAAUGGAGAAAAAGUAGUAGUCAAAGUUCAAAGGCCAGGUCUGAAGAAGCUUUUCGACAUUGAUUUGAAAAACUUAAAACUGAUCGCAGAGUAUUUCCAGAGAAAUGAAGCUUUUAGGGGUCCACUCAGAGAUUGGAUUGGAAUAUAUGAAGAAUGUGCAACUAUUCUGUAUCAAGAAAUUGACUAUAUAAAUGAAGGAAAGAAUGCUGACAGGUUCCGACGAGAUUUUAGAAACAUAAAGUGGGUUCGAAUACCUUUGGUAUAUUGGGAUUACACUGCCUUAAAGGUGUUGACCAUGGAGUAUGUUCCAAGUAUCAAAAUAGACCAGGUGGAUACGUUAACUUCUCGUGGUUAUGAUCGAUUACGAAUCUCAUCACGUGCUACUGAGGCGUACCUGAUUCAGAUAUUGAGAACAGGUUUCUUUCAUGCGGAUCCUUACCCUGGAAAUCUUGCGAUUGAUGUGGACGAAUCAAUUAUUUAUUAUGACUUCGGCAUGAUGGGAGAGAUCAAAUCUUUCACCCGAGAGAGACUGCUUGAACUUUUCUAUGCUAUGUAUGAAAAGGAUGCCAAAAAGGUUAUGCAACGCCUUAUAGAGCUGGGAGCACUCCAACCUACUGGGGAUCUGUCUUCAGUGAGGAGAUCUGUACAGUUUUUCCUUGACCAUUUGCAAAGCCAGGCACCAGAUCAGCAGCAGACCCUUUCUGCAAUCGGGGAGGAUUUAUUUGCAAUAGCACAAGACCAGCCAUUCCGUUUUCCAUCUACCUUUGCCUUUGUUCUCAGGGCUUUUUCAACACUUGAAGGCAUAGGCUACACACUCAAUCCAAAUUUCUCCUUUGCAAGGAUUGCUGCACCCUAUGCACAGGAACUUUUAGAUAUGAGGCAAAAGCAGAUUACACCACCACAGCUUGUGGAGGAGAUAAGAAAGCAAGCAGAUGAUGCUAGAUCCUACACCAUGUCAAUGCCACAUAGAGUUCAAAGAAUAGAAGAGUUUACAAAGCAACUUGAAGCAGGGGAUCUAAAACUUCGAGUCCGAGUUCUCGAGUCUGAAAGAGCUGCUCGGAAAGCAACGACUUUACAAAUGGCAACUAUAUAUACCGUGUUAGGAGGAACUCUGCUAAAUCUUGGUAUCACUAUGAGCAACCAAGGCAAUGUAGCUAUGGGAAAUGGAUCUUUCAUUGCUGCAGGUAUUUUUAUGACACUGUUUGUCAGAUCCAUGCAAAGGGUAAAGAUGCUUGAUAAGUUUGAAAAAAUGAUAUAAUAAUUGCUUACCAAAAUAUUCGAUUCUUUCAGGCUUCUGUAAACUUCUUUUUCUCCAUUUUAUAAGAUUGAAUUAAAUUUUUUUUCUAUGAUAAUGUUUAUUUUUUAU